AUGAAUAGAAAGAAGAAGCCAAUCAAGAAACCUUCCCAUCAGAUAUGGAUGGGUGAUUUGGAGCCACAAUGGACUGAACAGUCUAUCAUUAAGAUCUGGAAUAGUAUAGGCGAAGCUCCCAUAUCAGUAAAGAUCAUAAGAGAUAAAGAAUAUUCAAAACCUAUGUACUGUUUUGUAUCAUUUGUAAAUGCAGCAGCCAUGAAUCUGGCUCUAUCCAAGAAUGGAAUGCCCAUACAAGGUACCACUAAGAAAUUACGAUUGAAUCAUGCUACAGGUAGUGUAGCUACAUCAGUGAAGGAUACGAAAAGCGAAUUCACCUUAUAUUUUGAAGGGGAAUUAAGUGAGACUGCGGUGUUUGAUGUGUUUAAUAGUAAAUAUCCGACAUCAGUACGUCAGGUGAAGAUAUCUAACGGUAAUGGGUUAAUCAAAUUUAAUUCUAGUGCUACACAACAGAUAGCGUACAAGGAAAUGAGUAACAUAGUUAUUGAUGGGAUAAAAUUGAAACUUUCUACUACACAAGGUUCGACCAAAGAAAAUGAUCUGUUAAAAUCCAUUCAACUUCCUCAUCAUCAACCACCACUCAAUAAGUAUACUGACCCCAAUAAUUCCACAGUAGAGGUUCGAGGGUUAGGUGGGAGAUUCACUGAACAAGAGAUUGAAGAUCAUUUCAACUUUGGUGAUAUGAUAUUCAUAAAAUUAUCUUCUGAUUUCACCUCAGCUAUUAUUUGUUAUAGAUUUAGAGAAGAUGCUGAACGAGCUAUACUUUUACUCAAUCAUUCUAUCAUUAAUGGAUGUGAGUUACAGGUAAAUUGGGGCCAAAUAGAUAAUGUUCCUUUGAAUACCAAUCCUCAAUUAUCAAAGAAUCCUGAAAUCCCUGUAGUUUACGGAUUCAAUUCUUUCACAAGGUUCGACAAGUUGAUAGCGGAAUCAAUCAAUGAUUGGAAACAAAGUGUUUAUGAACCAUCAGAAACUUCUCACUAA